AUGACCACCCUAACAGAGAAGGACUACAUAGAGCUUGGCCAAGAAGCCUGUUCUCAAAUCAAAAAUUUGGUCGAAAGCGACUGGUCGCAAACUUGGCCACAAUUGGAAUGGGACGAGCCUGAAGUCAAGGUUUAUGCUAGAAAGGCAGUAGAAUUCGAGGAAGCCAAAGAGAACAUGUUAAUGCUGGUCAUGGAUGUUAAUGUAGGUGAACAUAACAAAAUUUUAAAAAAUUUUGAAGUAAAAAAAAAAUUUUUUUUGGUUUUUUGGGCAGGGUAUUAAAGUUAGAAUGGUAGUUUUUCGGGAAGAAUAGUAGGGAGUCACAAGAAUUGUAUACUGUAACGUUUUUUCAUUUUCAGACUACAGUAGCUCAUCUGGAGCGUCUUUUGUUUCCGUGGUUCGAAUACAGAGUAAAAUGGGACGAAAUGCUAGCCCAAGCCAAUAUUUUAGAAAGAUAUAGCCAAGAAGUAAGUUGUUAUGGCAUUUAUUGCCCUUUUAUGUCAUAUUUUGCUAGCUUUGUUACCUAAUUUGUUCGGAAUUGUACAGUAUUACAUUUGUUUAAAUUUAAAAAAAACCUCACCAAUUUUAUAUAAAACACCAUUUCAGACCUUCAUAGUGCGACAUGUAGUCAAAAAACGCCUAACCUUAUCAGCCAGAGACGCGAUCGACGCUACAUCAGUCUACCGGCAAGAAGAUGGUUCAGUAGUGAUGGGCUCCACUAGUACCGACUACCCCAAGUGUGGUCCUCAAGACGGGUUUGUAAGGACAAGGCAAUUCCUAGGUGGAUAUUACCUAAAGCCUCAGGGAGAGAGCUCUACCAAGUUCAUGAUGGUAUUCUGUGCUGAUCUUAACCUGCCGAUACCUAGAUUCUUGUCUAACAUGGUGGCUAAGUUGAAGCCACGAUUGAUGGUUGAAAAGGCCAAGAAUUUGACCAAAGCUGUGAAUAAGUAUCCUUUAUGA